AUGAAUAGGAAAUAAUUGUUUGGUGACGAAAAUCCAGAUGAUGAUAAGCGUAUAUCUAGUGGAGAUUAACCAGUAUAAAACAUUAAAAUCAUUACUAAGACUUAGUCGUAAGGUGGUUUUGGAAUUAAUAAUUUAGCUGGACGUCUUUACGAUAAAGGCUUUAAUUUAAAGACAAUGCCAUCAGUAAAGCGUGAUGCUAAUUCAUACUAAGACAAAGUUUUGACAGCAAAUUUAACUAAUUUAUAAAAUCGUAAAACCAAAUUAGUGCCACUGAUUUAUCAACCUUAAUCUGUAGUUUUGCACAAUGGUAAAAGAGUUCAUGCAGUGGUUAUGCCAGGAGGAUAGCUAGAGUAGGAUGGAUUUAAUCAAUCAUAAAUGGGGACAACAAGCUAUGGCGGCAGUGGAGCAUUAACUUAGUUUGGAUCUACAUAAUAGCCUAAUUUCUUCCGUUAAACAGCAAAAUCCACAUUUAAUGGCUAAUUUAAGCUUAAUUUUGGAUAAUAAAAUGAUGAUGGCGCCCCUUAAUCUAGAGGAAUGUAAAUUUAAAGCGCAUAAAAGAGUUUAAGAGGUGAAUCUCAGCCUCCUUUGGAAAAUGAAAUUCAACCUUUAAAUAAAUCAAGAACUGAUAAUAUGGACUUUAAAAAUUUUAUGUAUAAAACCCAUGAGCUAUUUCCUUAAAAUCCUUUAGAAAGUGGUCAAAAAGUUUAGAUAAGCCAGAGUUAAAAUAAAUUACCUCCAAUUGACCGUUCUUAGCUAGGAUCAGCAUAGCAAUAAAAUAAUAAUAAUAUAAAUCUUGGCUCGACAUAAGUAGGAUUUAAAGGAAGCUUCAUGGAAGCUGAUAAGGCUUUUUUAAAAAUUAAUGGUUUUUCAGAUGUUGAAAUGGAUAGAACAAAAAGACUUGUUGGAAGGAUUUCUGGAAAAUAAAAUAUAGACUAAAGGUAUAGAAAUACAAUGGGCCAAACAGGAGGAUUCGGCUCAUUUAAAAAAAAAAAGACAGACGAAGAAGAACUUGAUUAAAAUUAGCAGCAUCCUCUUCCUGAUUACAAAGGAGAAUUUACUGUAGUAUAGAGUGAAGAAUAAUAGAAUUAAUUAGGUGCAAACUUUGAAAAAAAAGGAAGAAAUCCUAAAUUAGAUCUUUAUAUUGAGCUUAUUUUAAAAAAUGUAGUUCAUGUUCACGAAUUUUAGUAUUUGAUACGUGACGAUAAAGAUAAAGAUGAUGAUGAUCCUUACAAUCUUAUUGUUGCUGACUAUAAAGAUAUAAAAGCUAAAGAAAAAGCUGGCACUCUUAAGGAAUUUUACACGAUUUCAAAAAAAGGUCUUACUCAUUACAUCAAUGGCAAACCAGUUGAAUUUAUAGGUCUUGCAGUGUGGAUGAAGGAAAGAGAACAUUAUGAUCAAAUUAAAAGUUUAAAAUUCUUUACUAAAUUUAGAAAAUGGAAAACUUUAAAAAUGUGGAGAAAAAAUGUUAUUAAGCACAAAACUGCUACUUGCGCCAAGGCUUUAAACGAAAAGCUAUUUAUCCUAAAUAAAACAUUCCGUGAUACUAUUCUUUAAUUCCGUUCAAAUACUUAUGAUAUGAUGGAAUCUUAGCGUUUUAUUAGCGUAGAUAACAAUUCAUACACAGGAGCUGAUUCUACUUACACUUUAGAUGAGUUUAAAAAUUUGUAGGAGUAAACCAGAAAGAAAAUAACAGAUAAAAUUUAAGAAUAUUCUAAGAAAUGCAGAACUAUUGUAAAAAGUGGCUUCGACGAAUCUCUUAAUGAGCUUAGAAGAAACGUCUACAUGGCAAACAAUGAAGAAGAUUAUCAAAAUUCAAGAAAAUAAAAUUAAAAUUUCUUUAGACUUAAAGAAUCUGCCUAUGAGAAUCUCGGCUUUUCAGAUAAUAUGAAUUACGAAUAAAGAUCUGAGCUUAGAAAAGUUUGUACUAAAUUCUUACGUUUUUCUUAUUUAGUUGACUUCUUGGCUAUGGAAUCAUUAAGCAACAUAUUUAAGUACAGUGUUGCAGAACUUGAAAAUAAGCUAACAUGUUUGGUUGAUGAGGAUUUCUUCUAUGAAUAAUAGAAGCUCAAAAAUAAUUAAAAUAUGAAUAACGAUCCUCUCUUUUUAGUUGAAAUUAAUCCUGGUUUUGAACCAAUACCUGAUGAUGCUACUGUUAUCGAACCUAUUAAAGAAUUUAUGCCUAAACCUUUUGGUGAAGAUACUGAAAAGUAAUUUAAUAUACUCCACCAUGUCAGACUUAAAGAACCAAAGAAAAAGACUGAAGAAUAAAAAGCUGCUGAUGCUGCAAAAAAAAAACCUAAAAAAUAGAAUGAAGAUGGUGAAGAUGAAGAGGAAGAAGAAGAUGAUGAAGAUGAAGAAGGUGUUGUUCCAGAUGAAAAUAGGACAUAUAAUCGUAAAAUUGUUCCUACUAUAACUGAAAAAUGGAUUAGAAUAUCUCCUGACAGAGAAACUAUUAUUUCAGACAUAUUACGUUGUAUUGCAGAAGGUACAAACUCAAUUUAGGCUUUUGAAAGAUGGAGUAGACAUGACGAUAUGACUAUUUAUGUUAGCGUUUUAGAAGAGUGGGAUGAUAUGGUUGGAGAUGAUUGGGAGCAUCCAGAUACCAAUUACUUAAAUCCUUAAGAUUGGAUUGAUGGAGGAUCACCUUAAGAUAAAUUUUAAAAGACAUUUAGAGAGCUCAUUUCUAGUGCUUUUUCAAGAUGUGAUUCAUUCAUUAAAGAUUCAUUCCAUAAAUAUCUUAUUGAAUAUUGGGAAAAUGAAUAAAUUGAUUUAAAUAUUUUCCGUAAUGAAAAACUUUUAAAUCCUGGUGAGUCUUUUAACUGGACUUUAAGGAAACUUACAGAUCAAAAGGAAGUUUAUGAAAAAGAAUUUCCUGAUCAAAAAGAUUUAGGUCUACUUAGAUUGGACUUCAAAACCCUAAGAAAGAAAAUUAUAAAUUUCCCUAAUGAAAUAAUUAAAAAAUUCUCUCUUUUCAUGCCAGAGAUGAUUAGAUUAAGAAAUAUCGAAGUCAAAGAUUGGAUGAAUAAUGCAACAAACUUAUUCAAAGGAGGUGGAGCAAACAUUGAUGAAUUCGUAAAGAGAAGCAAUAACCUUAAGAUAGUUUAAAGAUAACUACCUAAAUAUAAAUAAAAGUUUAGCGAUAUAUAACAUAUUAGAAACAUUAUUAUUGAAAAUAAAUUUGAUAUGAAAAAAGAAGAUGUAUCUGCUAUUAUAGACACACAAAAUGUUUAAAAAAGAUUAGAAUAAACUAUUCUAAGUGCUGAAGAACUUGCUGAGAGAAAUAUAGAAAAUUAUAUCCGUGAUGUUAAAGAAGAUUUAAUCCCUAAAUUAAUCAAAGAAGUAGGUGAGUUAGAUUCUCAAAUAUAAAAUAAGAAAUAUCUCAGCGAGGAAUUAGAUAUUAAUGUAGCCAUUAAAGAGUUAGAAGGCUUGUACAAUGAUGCUAAAAAGCUUGAAGAUAACAGUAAAUUAUACAAUCAUUAUGAACAUACCCUCGGAUUACCUAUAAGCAGAUUCGAAGAUCUGGAAAUGCUCCUAUAGGAUGCUAACCUACGUUAUUUAAUGUGGAAGUCUUUAAAGGAAUGGAAGGAGUUAAUUUCAGGAUGGGUUGAUGGUAAGUUUAAAGAUAUUAACACUGAAGAAAUUAAAAAUAAGGCUGAAUAUUAUAGUAAGAUAGUUGCUCGUUGUGACAAAAAGCUCCCUUAAAAUGCCAUUCUUACUGAACUUAAAAAAUUGGUUACUGAUUUCCGUAAUACUAUGCCUAUUGUCUUAGCAUUACGUAACGAAAACUUAAAGGAUUAUCAUUGGAGAGACAUCAAGAAAAUUAUUGGUGAAUUUGAGAUAAAUGAUGAAUUCACUUUAAAGAAAUUGAUUGAUAUGAAAGUUGUAGAUUUCAUGGAAGAAAUUUAAGAAAUUUCAAUUCAAGCAACUUAAGAAGCUUCUUUAGAAAAAUAGUUCCAAGAAAUUAGCGAAAAAUGGAACAAAUAAGAAUUUACUUUAGCUCCUUACAAGCAUCACUAACCUCGUACAAAGGACGCUUAUGUACUUGAUUAACUUGAUGAGCUCUUUGCUGCUAUAGAUGAAUAUUUGGCUAACUUGAACAAUAUCCUAGGUUCUCGUUAUCUUAAAAAAAUUCGUGAGGAAGUUGAGAAGUUCUAGAAAAACGUGCUUUAUAGUUAAGAAUGUAUUGAUGAUAUGCUUGCAGUUUAAAAGAACUGGAUUUAUUUAGAAAAUAUUUUUUCUUCUAACGAAAUUAAAAGUAAACUUAGAGAAGAAACUUAAUAAUUUGAAGGUGUAGAUAAAUUCUUCAAAAACUAAAUGUCUAAAGCAAAUAAAGGUCAAGGAAAGCUAAUUCAUAAAUUUAUAAUUUAACCUAGCAAAUCAACUGCUGCUGCUGCUCCUCAACCAGCAGAAGCUUAAAAAGAUUAAAAGGAAGGAGAUAAAAAGGAAGUGAAAACUCAAAAAAAUGAUACUUUGAGCUAAUGGCGUAAGCACAAAGAUACUCUUAAUAGUAUUCAAAAAGCAUUAGACGACUAUCUUGAAGAUAAGCGUGGUGAAUUCCCUCGUUUCUAUUUCUUAAGUAAUGAUGAACUUAUUGAAAUUUUAGCUAAGGCUGGUGAUAUCGAGGCUAUUUAGCGUAACUUAAAGAAAUGCUUUGAUGGCAUCCAUCGUUUAAAUAUUGAUUCCAACAAUUCUAUAAAGGGUAUGAUUUCUCCAGAAGGCGAGACAAUAGAGUUUAACAAAUUCUUUACUGCUAAGGGAGAAGUAGAAAAGUGGUUAUUAUAAGUCUAAGAAUAAAUGAGAGAAAGUCUUAAGAAAGCAAUUAAAAAAGGAAAACAAGAUAUUGAUAAAGAUAACAAAGAAAGAAAGGAUUGGGUAUUAUAACAUCCCGCUUAAGUUGUGGCUACCGUUUCUAACAUUAUGUGGACUCAAAGCACAGAAAUUUUUAUUUAGUAACAAGGUGAUGCUGAUGCUGAUAAUCCCUUAGAGAAUUGGUACAAGAUAAACAUUUAAUAACUAUAAGAAUUAACUGCUCUUAUCACACAAGGCCUUGAUCCAUUAAAACACAAAUCUAUAGUUGCUCUUAUUACUUAGGAUGUUCAUGCAAGAGAUAUAGUUUACAAAUUAUGGGAAGAAGGAACUUGUUCAGUAAAUGAUUUUGAAUGGUAAAAACAAUUACGUUAUUACUAUUAUGAAGAGCCUGAAAAUGAAGUAUAAGUAAAGCAAGUAAAUGCAAAGAUUAAGUACGGAAAUGAAUAUCUUGGUGCAACUACAAGAUUAGUUAUUACUCCUCUGACUGAUAGAUGUUGGAUUACAAUUACAGGUGCUCUCAACAUUAAGCUUGGUGCAGCUCCCGCAGGUCCAGCAGGUACUGGAAAGACAGAGUCAACAAAAGAUUUAGCUAAAGCUCUAGGUGUAUUUUGUGUUGUCUUUAACUGUUCUGAUUAAAUUGAAUAUUAAAUGAUGGGUAGAUUAUUCUCAGGUUUAGCUUAAUAAGGUGCUUGGGCAUGUUUAGAUGAAUUCAAUCGUAUUGAUAUUGAAGUCUUGUCAGUUAUUGCUCAAUAACUUCUAACUAUUCGUCAGGCAUUAAUGAAAGGAAUCAAGGAUGAUGAAAAAUUCUUGUUUGUUGACAGAAUGAUCCCUCUUAAAGCUGAUGGAUAUGGUGUUUUUAUCACAAUGAAUCCUGGUUAUGCUGGACGUACUGAAUUACCUGACAAUCUUAAGAUUCUUUUCAGACCUGUAAGUAUGAUGAUUCCUGAUUAUAGAUUAAUUGCUGAAAUUAUGCUUUUUGCAGAAGGUUUUGUAAAUGCAAAUCCUUUAUCAAAGAAAAUGGUUUAAUUGUACACUCUUUCAUCAUAACAACUUUCUCAGUAAGACCAUUAUGAUUUCGGUAUGAGAGCUGUCAAGUCAGUACUUGUUAUGGCAGGUGCCUUAAAGAGAGCCUAGCCAGACUUAAAAGAAGAUGUUGUGCUUAUUAGAGCUAUGAGAGACUCGAACGUACCUAAAUUCUUAAAAGAUGAUUUACCUCUAUUUUCUGCUCUUAUCUAAGAUCUUUUCCCCAACGAAUAAAUUCCAGAUCCAGAUUAUGGUGAGCUUCCACAAUAAAUUGAUCAAUCGUUUGAACGCUUAAACUAUUAAAAAGUAGAAGAAUUAAAGCAUAAAGUUAUUUAACUUUUCGAAACAUUCAACGUACGUUUUGGAGUUAUGCUUGUUGGUGCUACCACUUCUGGAAAAACUGCAUGUUUUAGAACUUUAGCUGAUUCUAUGUCUCAAUUAAGAAAGAGAGGAUCAAAGGAUAAUAGAUUCUAAGAAGUAAAAACCCAUAUAUUAAAUCCUAAAUGCAUUACAAUGGGUGAGUUAUAUGGUCAAGUCAAUCCCAAUACAUAAGAAUGGCAAGAUGGAUUAGCUUCUUAAAUCAUGAGAGAAGCAGCUUCAGAUGAAACUGAACUUCGCUAAUGGGUAGUAUUUGAUGGACCUGUUGAUGCCCUUUGGAUUGAAAACAUGAAUACUGUGCUUGAUGAUAAUAUGAUGUUAUGUCUUGCUAAUGGUCAAAGAAUUAAACUUAGGACAUAAAUGCGUAUGCUUUUCGAAGUUUAAGACUUGAGGGUUGCUUCACCAGCUACAGUCUCUCGUUGCGGUAUGGUCUACUUAAUGUAUGAAAACUUAGGAUGGAGACCUUUUGUUUAGUCUUGGAUAGAAAAGAAAUUUACAACAAAAUUAGAUUUAAAUGACUAAGUAGAAGUAGAGGAGGUUCUUAGCAAAGAAUUAAGAACUCACUUAUAUACUCUUUUCGAUGAGAAGGUUGAUUUCUUUAUAGAUCAUAUUAGAAAGAUGAAAGAACCAAUUGCAACUUGCGACCUUUAAUUGGUUAACUCACUUUGUAAUUUGAUUGAGUGUUUCAUAAGCGAAGAAUAUGGAUUUAAGAAAAAUGAAAGACCAGAUUUCAAAAAAAGAUAUCUUGAUCAUGCCUUUGCUUUUGCUUUUAUCUGGAGUAUGUGUUCUACAGUCAAUGAAUUAAACUAUGAUAAAUUGGACAUUUUAAUUAGAGAUAAAUUCCCUCUUUGUAUUUUCCCUAAUUAAGGAACUGUUUAUUCUUUCUUCUUAGACGUAGGUUCCUAACAACAUAAUGAUUUAACAUUUAGACAUUGGAAUGAUAAAACACCUGAGUUUGUUUAUGAUAAAGAAAUUCCUUACUUUAACUUGCUAGUGCCUACUCUAGACACUGUUCGUUAUAGUUUCUUUACAGAAUGGCUACUUUCAUUUAAAAAGCAUAUGUAUUUAACAGGUAUGAGUGGUACUGGUAAAUCAGUUAUUCUAUCCACAAUAUUGACAUAGAUUUCAGAAACAAGAAACGUUGAUCAUUUCAGUCUAAUUUUCUCAGCUUAAACAUCUUCUAAAGUUACAUAAUUGACAAUUGAAGGAAAAUUGGAAAAAAUUAAAAAAACAUUAUUGGGUGCCAAACCUAAUAGAAAGACUGCUGUAUUUAUUGAUGAUAUUAAUAUGCCUUCUGUUGAAGAGUAUGGAGCAUAACCUCCUAUUGAAUUAUUAAGAUUCUUGGUAGAUAAAGGUGGAUUAUAUGAUAGAAAAGAAAGAUUCUGGAAGGAUAUUUAAGAUACCAUUCUUUGUAUCUGCUCUGCCCCUCCAGGUGGUGGUAGAAGUAUGUUAACUCCUCGUUUCACAAGACACUUUAAUUUAUUGUGUGUACCAUAACCUACAAGAGAUAUUCUUUUUAAAAUAUUUGAGUCAUUACUAACAGGUUUCUUCAAUACAGGUUUCCCAGAUACUGUAAAAAGAAUGGCUGAUGCUAUUGUAAAUGGUACCAUAGAUGUGUAUCAAACAAUCGCAAUAGAGCUAAAAGCAAAACCUUCUAAAUUCCAUUAUACAUUUAAUCUUCGUGAUGUCUCUAAAGUUUUCUAGGGUAUUAUGAUGACUACGCCAUAUGGUGGUGUUAGAGAUGAAAAUAGUGCAACAAAACUAUGGAUACAUGAAGUACAAAGAGUCUUCCAUGAUAGACUUAUUAAUGAUGAAGAUAGAGAUUGGUUCUAUGAAUAUAUUAUGCAAUUGCUCGGAAGGCAUUUUAAAUCUCGUUUGUAGAAAUCUGAAAUAUUUGGUUCUCAACAAAUUGUUUUUAGUGAUAUACUUCGUCUGGAUUUAGAAAGGAAGGAAUAUGAAGAUGUAACAGAUAAAAUGUAAAAAGUAAUUAGGGUGCUUGAUGAUAAGUAGGAUGAAUAUAAUUCAUCAACCACUAAUAAUAAAAUGAAUUUAGUUUUCUUUGAUGCUUGCAUUUACCAUAUCUUAAGAAUCCUUAGAGUAUUACGUUCUCCAAGAGGUAAUGCAAUGUUAAUAGGUGUUGGAGGUAGUGGUAAAUAAUCACUAACUAAGCUUGCUACAUUCAUGCUUGAGUAUAAACUUUCACUUCUAGAAAUUACUAAGGGAUUUGAUUCUGAAAAAUUCAGAGACUUUAUAAAAGAAUUGAUGAAAGACUCCGGAGGUGCUCAAGGCAAAGGAACCACAUUUAUAUUUACUGAUAAUCAAAUUGUUUAUGAAUCUUUCUUAGAAGAUAUUAACAAUAUUUUGAACUCUGGUGAAGUUCCUAACUUAUGGUAGCAAGAAGAUAAAGAUGCUUUGAUUUCUGAUGUUAGAGAAAUCAAUAAAAAGUUAAGAAGAGCAGAAGAUCCUGAUACAAUUUACAAAACUUUUGUUGAAAGAGUGAGAAACAACCUCCACAUAGUUUUAUGUAUGAGUCCUGUAGGAGAUGCAUUAAGAGUAAGGCAUAGAAAAUUCCCAUCACUUGUAGAUUGUUGUGCCCUAGAUUGGUUUUCUCCUUGGCCUAGUGAAGCUCUGAUUAGUGUUGCUACAUCAAUAUUAUCUAAUGAUUAAAAUUUCCCAACUCCUAACACAAUUACUAAAGAAGAAUUAAUAGAAUAAGUAGCAUUUAUGUGCAAAGAAGUCCACAUUUAAGCAAGUAAGUAAGCAGAAGUUUUUGAAUAAUAAUUAAAGAGAAAAGUAUAUUACACACCUAAAUCUUAUCUUGAUCUUAUCAAGCUUUACCAAAAGGCUCUCUCAGACAAAAGAGCUGAAUUUAUCACUAAUCAGAGUCGUCUAUCUUCCGGUCUUACAAAGUUAGAAUAAGCAAAUAAAUCAGUAGCUUAACUCUAAAUUGAUCUCACAGAAUUGAAGCCUUAGUUGGAAGAAAAAACUAUUUAGGUUAAUGAAAAACUCAGGGAAGUAGAAAAGGAUUCAAAUAUUGCUGCAGAAAAAGAAGCUGUGGUCUAAGAAGAAGCAGAAAAAGUUCAAAAGCAAGCUGAUCGUAUUUAGUUAAUCUCAGAUGAAGCUCAAGCUGAGUUAAACAAAGUUAUGCCUGAACUUGAAGCAGCAAUGUAAGCUGUAUAAAACCUUGAUAAAUCUGCAUUAAGCACCCUCAGAGGUAUGGCUAAUCCUCCACAAUAAGCCACCAUUACCUUCGAAGCAGUUGCUGCAUUGAUGGGUGAAAAGAAAACUGAUUGGGCUUCAGUUAAGUAAAUAUUCUUGAUGGAUGUUCCUAAAUUCAUAGAUAAAAUGAUUGGUUUUGACAAAGAUAACAUCUCAGAAGAUAGGCUUAAAAAGUUAAAUAAGGUAUUGGCUAAGCCAGAAUUUAAUUUAGAAGAUAUCAAGAAAAAUUUGAGCUAUGCUCAUGGUCUUGCAUCUUUCUGUUUAGCUAUGAAAGUUUAUGCUGAUGUAAAUUCUAAAGUAAAACCUAAAAAAAUAGAAGUAGCUAGAUUAAACAAUGAACUGAAUGCAGUUAAAUCAGAGUUAUAUGAAAAAGAAUCAGAACUCAAAAAAGUCAAAGAUAAUGUAUAAAGACUCUAAAUGGAAACCUAAAUGAUGGUUAAAUAAAGAGAAGAGCUUGAAACUAAUAAAGAAUUAACUGAGUAGAGAUUAGAUAGAGCCUAAAAACUUAUAUAGUUAACAGCUGACGAAUAAAAAAGAUGGGAAAAAACAGUUGUAAGAUUAGGAGGAGAAAUAGAAAAUUUGUUUGGAGAUGUUUUCCUUUCAACAGCUUAAAUUUCAUAUAAUGGUCCUUUCACAGGUGUAUACAGAAAAGAGCUGAAUACAAAUUGGUUAACAAUGAUUCGUGAAAAGAAUAUCCCAACCUCUGAAUAAUACAAUUUAAUUAAAACUCUUGGUGAUCCUAUGUUACUAAGAGAGUGGGUUAUUUAAGGUCUUCCUAGUGAUUAGGUAUCAUAGGAGAAUUCUAUUUUCGCUGUUAAGGGUUUCAGAUGGCCUCUACUUAUUGAUCCUUAACUUUAGGCAAAUAAAUGGAUUAAAAAUAUGGAAAAACAAAAUAAACUAUCAAUCUUUAAAUUUUCCACUCCUAAAUUCUUAGAUAUCGUUAAGCUUCAAGUUGAAAACGGUUACCCUAUUUUAAUUGAAGAUGUCGAUUCAGCUAUAGAUCCUUCAAUUGAUUCAGUAGUUAACAAAGAAUUUUCAGAAGUUGAUGGUAGAUUAUAAUUAAAAUUAGGAGGAAAAGAUAUUAAUUACCACAAAGACUUUGCUUUGUACAUGACUACUAAAAAACCUAACCCAUAAUACUUACCAGAAAUAUUUAUCAAAGUUAAUGUGAUUAAUUUCACCGCUACAUUUGAAGGUCUAGAAGAUUAACUUCUUGCUGAUGUAGUUAAAAAUGAAAAGCCAGAAGUAGAACAUUAAAGAGAUGAAAAUGUCCUUAAGCUUGCAACAUUCCAAAAGCAAAUUAUUUAAUCUGAAAAAGAGAUUCUUCGUCUGCUUGCAGAAGCUAAAGCUGAAAAGAUAUUAGAUGAUGUGAAUUUAAUUAAAACAUUGUAGAAUGCAAAAGAAAUGGCAGAAGAAAUCAAUCAAUAAAUUGCAAAAUCAAUGGAAAUUGAAAAGAGCAUUGAUGCUACUAGAAGCUCAUAUAAAAGUGUUUCAAUUAGAGGUUCUAUUCUCUUCUUCGUAAUCAAAGAUCUCUCUUUGAUUGACCCUAUGUAUUAAUACUCACUUCAAUAUAUCAGUAAGCUCUUCAAUUAGGCUAUGUAAUCCUCGGAAUAAUCAGAUGAUUUUGAAUAAAGAUUAAAAAUACUUAUUGAAAACAUUACAAAAACAAUAUAUACAAAUGUAACUAGAGGUCUUUUCGAAAAAGAUAAGCUAAUUUUCUCUUUCUUGAUUGCCACAUCUAUAAAUAAGCAUGCUAAUAUACUAAAUGAAGAUAUCUGGAGAAUUCUCUUAAGAGGUGCAGGCUUGUUUGAUAAGUCAAAGUAACCACCUAAUCCAGAUAAGGUUAUGAUUCAACCCCUUUCUUGGGAUUUAGCAUAUUCUCUUGAAUUAGACUUCCCUGAUUAGUUCAAGGGUUUCACUAAGCACAUUUCUUAAAAGCUAUCCCUUUGGAAGGAAUAUCAAACAAGUGAAGAUCCCCUCUCUAAAAAAUUACCUGAAGAAUGGCAUACAAAACUUGAUGAGUUUGAAAAAAUUGUUGUAUUGAAGAUCUUUAGACCUGAAAAAAUUAUGUUUGCAAUCAGUAAUUAUGUUUAAUAUUAUCUGGGUAAAUUCUAUGUUGAAUAACCUAGUGUUACUAUGGAAAGAAUUCAUGCUGAUUCAGAUAUUUCAACUCCAAUUAUCUUUGUCCUCUCUUAAGGAGCAGAUCCAACAACUUCAAUUUUGAGCUUUGCUCAGUAGAGAGAAAUGAAUGAAAAGCUUAAGAUUAUUUCUUUGGGUUAAGGUUAAGGUAAAAAAGCCAGUAUUCUAAUAGAAGAAGCUAAGAGAGAAGGCAAUUGGAUAUGUCUUUUGAACUGUCAUCUUGCACGUACUUGGAUGCCUGACCUUGAACUUAUUAUUGAAAGAAUACCUGAAUCUGAAAAUGUAAGUAGCGACUUCCGUAUCUUUUUAACUUCUAUGCCAGCAAGUUACUUCCCUGUAUCAGUUUUGCAAAAUGGUAUCAAGAUCACAACAGAGCCUCCUAGAGGAUUUAAAGCUAAUUUAAAAAGAAGUUGGGAUAAUCUUACAGAUGAGUUCCUUAAUGAUUGUACAAAAGCUGAUGUUUUCCAUAAAUUAACUUGGGGUUUAACAUUUUUCCAUGCAAUUAUUUAAGAAAGACGUAAGUUUGGUCCUCUUGGUUGGAAUAUUCGUUAUGAAUUCAAUGAUUCUGACUUAGAAACUUCGACAACUGUCAUGAGAAAACUUCUAGAUGAAUAAGAAUCAAUUCCAUGGGACGCACUUCUCUUCGUAACAGGAGAAAUCAAUUAUGGUGGUCGUGUAACAGAUGAUUGGGAUAGACGUUGCUUGGCAACAAUUUUAAAGAAAUUCUAUGUCAAAGAAGCAUUAGAAGGCACUUAUUAAUUCUCUGAUUCUCCAGUCUACAAAAUUCCAAGGAUAGGAAAUAUUGAACAGUACAGAGCAUAUAUUGAAAGCUUGCCUUUAAAUGAAGAUCCUUCUGUUUUUGGUAUGAAUGAAAAUGCCAAUAUAGCUUAUCAAGGAUAAGAAUCUACAAAAAUGAUUGAAACUAUUCUAUCUAUUUAACCAAGAAUGACAUCUGCUUCUGCAGGUAAAACUCCAGAUUAAAUCGUCCUUGACUUGAAGAAAAGUCUGGAAGAAUAAACUCCUUAACUUCUUAAUAAGGACGAUGGAAAUAAAGAAUUGUUUGAGAAGGAUGAAAAUGACUUAAUUCCUUCUCUUUCUACAGUUUUAUUAUAAGAAAUGACUAAAUUUAAUUUAUUAAUUUCCACUGUGAAUAGAACUUUAGCAGAUUUAGGAAAGGCUAUAGAUGGUGACAUAGUUAUGUCAUCAGAUCUAGAUUAAACUUAUAAUUCUUUAUUAAAUAACCAAGUACCUAAGUAGUGGGAAAAAGUCUCAUAUCCCUCCUUAAAGCCUUUAGCAUCAUGGAUUAUUGAUUUACGUGAAAGAGUUUAGUUUAUGGCUAAGUGGCUAAAAGAAAGUACUCCAUUCUGCUAUUGGAUCUCAGGUUUCUUCUUCCCCUAAGGUUUCUUAACUGGUGUCUUAUAGACUUAUGCAAGAAGCCAUAAAAUUCCUAUUGAUGAAUUAUAAUUUAGCUUUAGAAUAUUAGAUUUUGAUAAAGAACAAGUCACAACAAAACCAACAGAUGGUGUAAAUAUUUAUGGUUUGUACUUAGAAGGAGCUUAGUGGGAUAGAAGAAGAAAGACCAUAUUAGAUGCUGCUCCAGUAAAUUAAAUUAUAAAUUAUAAUAUGUACUAAUUUUUAAAUAUAACUAUAGAAUCAAACAAGCUGCUUCAUGCCUCUGCCCUGUUUAUAAAACCUCAGUUAGAGCUGGUGUUCUUUCAACAACUGGUUAGUCAACAAAUUAUGUACUUACUGUAGACGUUCCUUCUAUUGAUUAAAAUCCAGAUUUCUGGGUUCUAAGAGGAGCUGCUUUACUUUGCUAAUUAAAUCAAUGAUUUAAGAUAAUCUAAAAAAAAUAAAAUCAUUUAAAUAAAUAAAUAAAUUUUAAUUUUAUAAAAAAUAACUAUUUUAAUUUUUGUUUAGUUUUAUUCGACUCAAGUGUAUAUUUACUUUUUGCUUUUUAUAUUUUCAAAUGAAGCAAUUAGAGAUAAAUAAUAUCAAAUAUCUAAUCACUACUAAUUUUAUAAAUUUAUAAAUACAUAAAAAUUUUCUAUUUUAAAAUUAUAAAAAUAAACCUUCUAUUAAUUUGCAUAUAUUUAAUUAACAAAAGAUAAUCAAUCAAUCAAUUGA